AUUGUUGACUGUUUCAUGGAGCUGAAUCUCGUGCAGCAGUGUACAUCAUUUCUAUUGGAUGCAUUGAAAAACGACAGACCAGAAGACGGUCCUCUUCAAACUCGCCUGCUGGAAAUGAAUCUGCUUUCUGCUCCUCAGGUGGCUGACGCGAUUCUCGGCAAUAACAUGUUCCACCAUUACGAUAGGGCCCACGUCGCUCAGCUAUGUGAAAACGCUGGUUUGCUGCAACGCGCUUUGGAACACUAUACGGAUUUGUACGAUAUCAAACGAGCUGUCGUUCACACGCACCUUCUGAAGCCGGACUGGUUGGUCAAUUACUUCGGAUCGCUGAGCGUCGAAGAUUCUCUCGAAUGUCUGAAGGCCAUGCUGCAGGCAAACAUACGCCAGAACUUGCAAGUGGUGGUGCAAAUUUCGACGAAAUAUCAUGAGCAGCUGACGACGCAGGCGCUUAUUGAUCUUUUCGAAUCGUUCAAGUCCUUCGAAGGCCUGUUUUACUUUCUCGGUUCUAUAGUAAACUUCAGCCAAGAUCCAGAAGUUCAUUUUAAAUAUAUUCAGGUAAGAAUGAGCUCGCCUUAUUAA